UCAAAGAGAGAGCGUGGCGCAAAUCAACAACGCGACGACGACGUGUUUGAAACACUUGGCAACCACGUUUACACGACCCAGAGGUUUGCCCUUAACAGUCAAACUGUACAAAGUCCGUUUUAGCGCCAAAGUAAAGAGUGAAGGGUCGCUUAAGGCGUAAGUAAAUCGUCAAGAAGACGAAAACAAAAAGCACCCAAGUACCGAGAACACAUUUCAGCCGUCUAAGGAACUUGUGAAAUGGCCAAUCAUUCUAACCCGAGUGCUGCUCGUCCUCCUCCCAUGAUCGAUAGCCCAUUUUUCAAGAGGGAGGCAGUUAUCGUAUCGUGCACAUUUUACGUCGUCAUUGCAUUCUUGGCAGUAUUCGGGAACGGACUAGUUGUGGCAUCGUUUAGCCGACACUCGAGAUUGCGCACGAUAACAAACUAUUUUGUGGUCAGCCUUGCUGUGGCAGAUAUCUUGGUGGGCGUCAUCUCCAUCCCGAUUUGGAUCUCAAUGUUACUUUACUCAUCUGGAGGCUACACGUUACAGCAAGUUUAUUACGUUCUCGACCUCUUUGCAGGCACCUGUUCAAUUCUGCAUCUGGUCACGAUCAGCCUAGAACGCUUCUUUGCUGUGGUCUACCCAAUUCGGCAUCGAAACACAUCCGCCAAAGUUUACUACGCAUCUCUUGUAUUUGUGUGGGUUAUUCCAGCGGCAGCUUGUGGAUCUGCGCUGAAGCUUAGGGUAGAAAACCGGCAAGCAAACAUGCUGUUUCUUUUCGUAGUGUUUUUCGUUAUCCCCCUGCUGGUUAUUCUGUUUACCUACGCGAGGAUAUGGCAUGCGGUCAGCCAUCGAAUACAGCCAAGUCAAGAUACCUCACGAACGAUGAAGCGUGACAUGCGCAUUGCUGUAACAAUCGCGCUUGUGAUUGGGUUCUUCGUGAUUGCCUGGCUACCUUUCUUCAUUGUUCAGUUACUCUUGGUGUUCUGCAAUAAAUGCCAGCCUGGAAUUUUCAGCAUGGAGCUUCUUUUGUUUCUCAAGUUCAUGCAUUACAGCAACUCAGCGGUCAAUCCCAUCGUCUACGCUGUUAAAAUCCCAGAAUUUCGUCGAGCUUUCAAGCAGCUUGUCUCGUUAUGCCUAUGCUGUUGCACCAGUCAGAGCAGUCGGUCUGUCACCGAAAUCGUAUCAGGUACUGACAUGCGCGGCAUUUCAAACUCUCGUGAAAGAGUUUUGUCGCAGUGAAGAUUGUCGUCAUCAUACUUCGAGAACCAACGUGACAUGAUGGAAGCCAAAAAGAAAUAUUUUAAUUAAAAAGAAAAAAGAAAUGCGACAAAGCAAUGAAUACCAAGGUUCUCUUAAAACUUUUCUUUGCUGUUGAAGCCGAAAAUUAAUUUAAUUUAUUCAUUUCACAAAGUGUUGAAAGGAGCAAGAGAAAAUGAGAGGACUCAUUUAUGAGAGGAACCGAUUUAUGAAUGAGAUCACGAGACACCAAGCUUAAACCCUUUUUUACGGAGUAUGAAAAUUAUUGUGAUAUUUGACUGUAAAUAAACUUGUAGUUAUAGUAGAUAAUAUUCCAGAGAACUGGCGAAUGAGCUUAUAGGUCAACACAUUUUCAAGGUACUGGCAAAACUUGACAAUUUCUAGCUUGUAAAUAUAUUGUCCAUCCUAGCCCGACGCCGGGCUAUCAUUCCUGUAUGUGACAGGUGAUUUACAGGCCGAGGCCACUAAUUUUAGUAUACUGUAAUAGAGUGAAUUUACAGGGUAUUUCUUGAUGAGCAAAAACUGCUAGUAAGGCCCCAUCCACACAAAGCCGGUGGAAUUUGAAAACGGAGGUUUCGCUCUGAA